AUGUCGAUUGCCACCACGAUUCUACUUCCGCUCUUCGAAAAGUCAUCGACAGGAUGUUUCAGCGUUGCCCUCACCAUCGUGUUUCUACAUGUAGCUCUGAUCUCGGAUCCACCUGAUGAACCCGCCAUUUCAGGCUUCAAAGAUAUAUUUUGUAUCGCUUCUGGAAGGAUCCUGCCGGCCGUCGCGCUUGCGACGACGGUGUAUUUGGUAUGCAUACAAGAUGCUCACCAAGGAAGAAGGCAGACCAGGCUCUCCUGGACAUCGUGGCUUACGGGACUCUGGAGCGGUGCAUUAUGCAAUUUCUUUGGGCAAUUGUUUCAGGAUGGAUGGGGACCUAAAGCUCAAAAGAUCCUACUUAUCUUCCUCACUGCUACCCUGUACUUUAUCAUUUGUCGGAUUAGGAAGCUGCACCGCGAACAGCAACUCACGCGAUGCCUUACGCUCUAUGGACUGCUUAUCGUUGGUCUUUAUAUCACCAAUCGAAUCUUCGGCUUUCUUGGUCUUCGGCUACACAUCCAUCACUAUCUAUGGCCCUUACUACUCUUACCAGGAGCUUCCACGUGCGGCCCGUACGCUUCCUUCUAUGAAGGUCUGCUCCUAGGCAUUUCCACCAAUGGCAUUGCCCGAUGGGGCUUUGAUAACCUAGCUGAGGUUCAAGGGCCCAUUUCUGAUAAGUCCGUCGAGUCGCUACUGCUGAAUAUGAUAUCACCUAUCAUCAACGGCACCCAUAUCAGUUUCGAGUGGUCCGGUCUACCGAAUAGUUGCAAUGGCAUCAAUAUCCUAGUGAAUGAUGUCCUCAGAUUUCAAGACUUUAACCCCCCCGGUGGCCAUUCCUUUGUCUGGCGGCGUGAGGAUCUGGGCCUACCACUCUACUUCCGCUUUGGAGCCAUUACGGAGGACAAGUAUCGCGGAUUAACGAUGGGUGAUACCACGGGCCCUGCAGUAUGGCACGCCAAUGGAACAUGGUCGGCAUGA